CUACAAAAGAGAGCCUUUGUUGACCAAACGUCACCUAACCGUAUUCUCUUUAUACCUUCAUUUCAUCUAACCUACUUUCUCAAGAAAACACUCCUCCUCUCGCAAAAAAGACCGUCCGCGUGCGCCUCCUUUCUAACGAAGAAGAUCGCCGUCGUCACAGUCUCGUCGUCCGCUCUGUCCGCCGUCACACCCUGCUAGUUCGCCGCACAAUUUGCUCGGCACCCGCUGUCAGAUUCAAGCAUCUCUUUCUCUCUGCUACUCAGAGGUACUGAGAGAUACACCCUUCUCCUUUCCCUUUCAAGUGAGAUAAAAUGGGAGAGAGGAAGGUGCUUAACAAAUACUACCCACCGGAUUUUGAUCCGUCAAAGCUACCAAGGGUUCGUAGACCCAAAAACCAGCAAAUGAAGGUUCGUAUGAUGCUUCCUAUGAGCAUCCGGUGCAAUACUUGUGGUAAUUACAUAUACAAGGGCACAAAGUUUAAUUCUCGCAAGGAGGACGUCAUUGGUGAGACAUAUUUGGGAAUUCAAAUUUUUAGGUUCUACUUCAAGUGUACCAGAUGUUCUGCUGAGCUUACCAUUAAAACAGACCCCCAAAACUCAGACUAUGUUGUAGAAUCAGGAGCCACACGUAAUUUUGAACCAUGGCGUGAGGAGGAUGAAGCUUCUGAGAAGGAGAAACACAAAAGGAAUGCGGAAGAGAUGGGGGACGCAAUGAAAUCCUUGGAGAAUAGAACCUUGGAUUCGAAACGAGAGAUGGACAUUCUUGCUGCUUUGGAUGAGAUGAAGUCUAUGAAGUCGAGACACGCAACUGUGAGUAUUGAUUCAAUGCUUGUAGCUUUGCAACGAACUGCCGCUGAAAAGGAAAAGAAGUUAGAAGAAGAAGAUGAAGCACUGAUAAAAUCAAUAGUCUUCAAUAACUCAAACAGUUAUGUUAGAAGAAUUUCAGAUGAUGAAUUUGAUGAUGGUAGUAUUGUUCAACAUUUGACCAACAAUGAUAUAGCAUCGGACUUUAAAGCUAAGAAGCAGAGGGUUUCUGAAGGAUCUCCUCAUGAUCCUACAAGUACUUCAUCAAAAGCUGGUUUUCUCCAUAGCCGCAUGGGUGAAGGUGAAGAUGGCAACAUUGGGACGUCUACUGAUACUAAAUUUGUUUCGAAAUCCUUUCCGGUCAUAGUUUCUAUUAAAAAGAAACCAGAAGUGACUGCUCGGGUGGAGAAUAAACAGAGCUUGCAACUUCAAAGCAAUGGUACCAAAACUGGACUCGAGUCAUUGUGCCAAUACGACAGUGACGAGGAUUAAUAUGUUAUAUUAUAUCGUUUGUAUGAACUUUAAUUUAAUGUGUAUACUAUAUAUAACUUGGUAAAUAAUAGUUGGCUCUGUUUCUUCUCACUUGUGGGGUGGUGAUAUCACAAUAUGUUGCUGUAUGCUCUCUGUCUAAGCUGUUGGAGGAGCAAGCCUUUUCUUUUCUUUGAAGCAGAUGUCUUAACACUGAAAAUGUUAGCAUGAAAACAUUUUUACGUUAACAACUCAUUUUAUUUUGCCA